GCGGUGUCAGGGCCCGAGUUUCUCCUGUCCAAGGUUACCUGGUGAGGAUUAAAGGUGGUUCCGGCCAGGCGCGGUGGCUCACGCCUGUAAUCCCAGCAUUUUGGGAGGGCGAGGCAGUCGGAUCAUGAGGUCAGGAGUUCACGACCAGCCUGACCAACAUGGUGAAACCCUGUCUCCACUAAAAAUACAAAACUUAAGUGGGUGUGGUGGCGCGCGCCUUUAAUCCCAGCUACUCAGGAGGCUGAGGUAAGAUAAUUGCUUGAACCAGGGAGGCAGAGGUUGCAGUGAGCCGAGAUCGCCCCACUGCACUCCAGCCUGGGCAACAGAGCGAGACUCAGUCUCAAAAAAAGAAAAGAAAACUGGGUGAUGUGGAAAAGAAUGUACGCAGAAGGCCUCACUGAAGGGGUAGCAUUUGAGCUCCCUGACAAGAAGGGGUUGGCCACAGGGCUAUCUGGGAGCAGAGCAUUCUAGGAGGGAACAGCCACCGCCAAGCCCCUGAGGUGGUAACAAGCUUGUUGACUUUGAGGAACAUCAGGGAGGCCAGUGUGAGACAGCGGAGUGACAGGUUUGAGGUGUGUAGGAAGUAGAGCCCACAGUCUUGCUUUGCCCCCACUGGGAAUGAAGGGCACAGGGAUCCAACCACAGAGGGAAAGCUGGAAGCUGGACCACCUCCUCCCUUCAAGACUCCGUGGAGCCAAUGAUGCCCAGCCAGAGGAGCAGGGGGCCAUUGGCCCCCAACCAUGUGCAUGAGGUACGCCUGCACCGGGUGGAGUCCAUCAGCGACCUACAUAGUGGAGCAGGCACACUGCGCCCCUAUCUAACUGAAGAGGCACGGCCGUGGGAUGAGCUGCUGGGCGUUUUGCCGCCGUCACUGUGUGCCCAGGCUGGCUGCAGCCCUGUGUACAGACGAGGAGGGUUCCUGCUGCUGCUCGCGCUGCUGGUGCUCACUUGCCUGGCGCUCGCACUCCUGGCUGUCUACCUGAGCGUGCUGCAGAGUGAAUCCCUGCGCAUCCUGGCACACACACUCCGCACGCAGGAGGAGACACUACUCAAACUCCGCUUGGCCAGCCUCAGCCAGCUUCGGAGGCUCAACUCCAGUGAGGCCCAAGCACCCAGCUGAGAUGCUAUUUGGAUCUGGGGCCUGGAGGUGUGUGUGUGUGGGGGGAAUAAAGUGGCUAUGGGCAGGUCUCUCCUUCCCUACUGCUGGCUGCCACAUCUACACUAUUUCCUUGGUGAGAUUUUUGUACAAGAACCUGUUGUUAAUAGCUGCCUGCCUCUCCUGAUCUCUUCAAGCCAGGCCUAGCCAAGCCUCUGGUGCCAAAGCCUUGCUUUGGGUGGCCCAAGGUCAGGGGAAGGGGCACCAUCCUCCUGGCUCCUCCUGUGGCCUGUCAGCACUCUCUGGCCACCCCAGAUGGCAGGUUCUGAAGUCUAGAAAUAGCUGCCCCCAUAGCAAUCACCCAAACUCUGCCAGGCCUCCCAGUGAGGGUCUAGCCUCAGCUCUCAAAGACAGGCUGGGCUCUGAGUAGGGGGAGAGGUGCCACCUGGGGAAGACUGCCUUGGAGGGCAAAGGUGACACUGUGGAAGACCCAGUUGGGCCCAAGCCUGGGAUGGUAGAUGGGGAGGGAGAAUAGAAAAAUACCCAGGGGUUAAGACCACAGAAGGCUGACCGUUCUGUUUAAUUAUCUGUAAUAAUCUUUAAAAAUCAGCACACAAAUCCAUUCCAGGUAGCUUUGCCUCCCCACCUGCUAUGGUGGCAUUUGUCCAGAUGCCACCACCCCCCUAAGAGUGGGUCAUCCUGGGGGAGCAAGGCCUGAGAAAGGAAAGGAAGGGAAAGACCCCCUAGUGCCUGCCCCACAGCCCUGAGGCAGGCACAUAUUUAGCCUGGCCUGAGACAGGACAGGAAGAGGCCACAGGGCUGAGUGCAGGGACAAAGGGGCCAGGGUCCCAAGUGUCCGGGCCCCCAGCUACCCACCCCAUGUCUGUUUUUGGUUUUGUCAUUAAAAAAAUAAAGUGACAAAUACUGGUGGA